AUGGCCAGUUUCGGAGAUCAUGAUGAAAUUAUAAAGUCUGUUUCUGAUGGCCCACCAACGCAUUACACGGUCAAGAUAGAGUCUUUCUCACUCCUUACAAAGCACGCUAUAGAGAGAUACGAAACAGAGAGCUUUGAAGCUGGAGGCUACAACUGGAAACUGGUCCUGUAUCCAAAUGGAAACAAGAGCAAGAACAUGAAAGAUCAUGUUUCUGUUUAUUUGGCUCUCGCGGACUCUAGUUCAUUAGGUCCAGGGUGGGAGGUCGCUGUUUUCCGUCUGUAUUUGUUUUUGCUAGAUCAAAACAAAGAUAGUUAUUUGAUCCUACAAGGAAAAGAGAGACGAUUCCAUACGGUAAAGAGUGGAUGGGGAUUCGAUAAAUUCAUCCCUACCAGUACCUUCUUUGAUGCCUCAAACGGAUACCUCUUGGAAGACACAUGUAUGUUUGGAGCUGAUGUAUUUGUUUCCAAGGAGAGAAGAAGUGGGAGAGGAGAGUGUUUAUCAAUGAUUAAAGAUGCUACUAGCUCUAAACACGUCUGGAAAAUCGAGAAUUUCUCCAAGUUAGACAAAGAAAGUGUGGUAACAACUUAUUUAGUAACAAUCCCAAAAAACCAUAGCAUACGGUUUUAUCCGAGUGGAACGAAGCAAGGAACAGGAACUCAUCUUUCUGUCUAUUUGAUUCUCGCAGAUCCUGAAACCGUUUCAGACGGUACAAAGAUAUUUGCAGAGUUUACAAUACGAAUAUUUUAUCAGCUUCAAGGCAGGCACAUCGCAGGGAAAGUUACUAAAUGGUUCACUCGAACGAGCUUGGAGAACGGAUGGGUGAAAUAUGUAUCCAUGGUUUAUUUGACCCAGCCAAACAGUGGCUUGUUGCUCAAAGAUGUCUGUCUCGUUGAAGCUGAUGUCUGCGUUCAUGGAAUCACUAGUGCACUCUGAUGUCUGAUCUCAUCAUGUUUUCCCUCAAAGUCAGAUUUGGUUGUCUUCUAUCUUUCAGUCUUGUUUGGCUCUGUGAUUGAGACGACUCGUCAAAAAUGUUGUCGGAUU